UGGGUUAUUUUUAGAUUGUCCGAUCAUUUCAAAACCCUACUUCAACCCUCCCCAGGGGCAAAAACAGAGACGCCGAAAUCGGGAAAUGGCUUCGUCUAUUGCUGUUCGAUCUCGCCUUGUGCCGAGUUUACUCAAGCUUCGAUCUCGCAACCCAAGGAGGGCGUUGUUCUCUACGGAAGCUUCUUCUUCAUCGAAGGUCUCCUCCUCUAGCCAGCAGCAGUCCAUCUUUUCUGAUUUUCCACCGCCAAAUCACCUUCCUCCUCCUCCUCCUGAAGCCGCCGCGGAGGCUCUAGGGAAGGAGCGGAAAGGUCUAAAGUACCUAAGUAACGGACUCAUCUGGGCAUUCACUGGUGCCACCGCUGCAAUUGGUUACACCAGCUAUGCUUACACAUUAGAUGAAGUGAAUGAAAAGACUAAGUCUUUCCGUGAAUCAGCUAUGAAGCCACCACCUCCUGCUCUUGAUUCUUCCUCCGCCAUUGAUAAAUAUCAGGCAAUGUUGUACUCUGCUGCCAUCAAAGUGCCUGCCAGAGCCAUUGAAAUGUAUUUGGAGCUUAGGGAACAAGUCGAGGAACAUGUUAAAGGCUUUACAGAACCUCUCUCGGAAAAGCUUCUUCCUGAUUUGCAUCCCUCCGAACAGAAUGUAGUCUACACUCUCGUUCUUGAUUUGAAUGAGACCCUUCUUUACACUGACUGGAAGCGAGAAAGAGGGUGGAGGACGUUCAAAAGACCAGGUGUGGAUGCAUUCUUGGAGCACCUUGGCAAAUUCUAUGAGAUUGUCGUCUAUUCUGACCAGAUGGAUAUGUAUGUAUAUCCGGUAUGUGAGAAGUUAGACCCGAAUGGCUACAUACGUUAUAAGCUAGCAAGAGGCGCUACCAAAUAUGAGAAUGGAAAGCACUACAGGGAUCUGUCGAAGCUGAACAGAGACCCGAAGAGGAUUCUGUAUGUAAGCGGGAAUGCUUUUGAUACAAGCCUUCAGCCAGAGAAUUGUGUGCCAAUCAAGCCUUACAAACUCGAAUCUGAUGACACUGCGCUUGUUGAUCUUAUACCCUUCCUCGAAUAUGUUGCACGUAACGGUCCAGCUGAUAUCAGACCGGUUCUAGCCUCUUACGAGAGAAAAGAUGUUGCCAAAGAGUUCCUUGAGAGGUCCAUCGAGUAUCAAAAGCGAAUGCAAGGACAAAGACAAGGCCGACUCUGGAGGCGUUAGAAGGAUCUAAAAACAUUUUAUGUAUAGUGAGAGACGAUUAUAUCCUCAUUGAUGCAUUACACCAUAAAACAAAAGCAGGAGCUUACUGUUCUUCGCUGUGGGGGUUUUAGGUAAACUCCAAACUAAAAAAAUCGUGUCUUUACUCUCUCAUCUAAAAGAGUUGUGUUAUGUGUGACCUCUGUCUCGGCUUUACAAAGUUAACUUUUUCCAUGAGAGUUUCCUUUUUAUAUGAUCAGCAAAUUUAUAUUGUUCUAA